AUGAGGAGAAAAUUUCAAAACCAGUUUCAUGUGCCACGCGCCCCAGCCGAUCUUCAGUGUUUAGAGCGCGGUCCAACAUAUGCGAGUUUGCGCUGGUUUUCUAGCCGAUCAGGUGACGGGACUCAGCCCGACUCCUCGCGUAGUCUUCACGUGCCCAUCACUUCGUACACCCUUAUCGUCACGGACCUUGACGCAGAUAACAGACGUCAGGCAAUGAAGCGCAAGUUGACAGACAUCUCACCGUGGAAAGUUCAGCCUGAUGGCUCGGUUCAUCUUAAGGUCACUGAUCUCAAACCAGACCAUCGUUACACCGCAGAGGUCUAUGCUCUGAGUACUAAAUUCGGCAUUUCAGAUGCGAGCAACAAAAUCACGUUCAAAACACUGGAAAUGCUGCCUUCACAACCACUGAAUUUCCGCGGGGUCAGUUCUACACCAACAUCGAUACAGCUGAUUUGGUCGCCGCCAGAAUCGCCGCAUGGGAUGACGAUUCUGGACUACCAAUUGCAGUGCCGGUCUGUUAGUGAGAUAGGUGUGACAAAUCUCCCUCAAACACCGCUUACUAUCUCGAUUUCGGCCAAGCAGACAGGCUGGACCAUCAAGAUGCUUCAACCAGAUACACUGUACCAGGUCAGCCUCUCUGCUCGAACGCACCACGGCGUCGGUGUGCCUGCAAAAUUGGAAAUCCGUACACUCAGUAACUUGCCUUCACCACCCCAAGAUUUAACACUGGAUAACUUUCAGAAGGAGACAGCCUUGACUGGUGGCGGGUUUUCCAGGGAUUAUAUUGUAUUAAAGUUAAGAUGGAAGCCUCCAGCUGAGACCCAUGGCGAACUUAAGGGUUACCAGGUGUCAUUUCGCCUAGUUGGGCCCCCGGAAUUGCUAAUGAUGACAAAGCCAGCAGAAGGAAAAGCUGGAAAAUUAAGCGAUGGUGCACAGAUUACUCCAACUCAUGCUGUCAGACGGAAUGUCACUGGAACCUCAUACACAUCUACGCAGAUUGAUAACAUUCUUGAGAUCUCGUGGUCUCCCCCACCAAAGGAAUCAAGAAAUGGAAUCAUAAUUGGCUACCAGGUGCACUACUAUGAGUUCGGCUCACCACAAAACACAGCUAAUUAUCAAAACACCACCCAAACUUUUCUACGGAUUGAUGAUCUACAAGAGCGAACAGUUUACACUUUUCGUGUCAGAGCCUUUACUAGUUCAGGUCCGGGACCCUGGUCAGCUUCAAACACUCUCCGAACAACAGCCGACCUUCCAGAUCCUCCAACACAAAUAAAAGCUGAACGGAUCAAUCAACGCCAAAUCAAGGUAACUUGGAGUCUUCCGCGUCGUUCGACCCACCAUAUUAGCAGUGACUUACAGCAGCGGUCCACGCCGGUGACAGGUUUUCGCAUCUGCUAUGCAGCACAUGACAGUGUGGUGGACCCUUCUAGGAAGCGAGUUCUCGAGGUAGGGGCAGUGACGAUGGCUACUUUGGAUGACGUUUCGCCAACGGAGAGUUACAACAUCAAGAUUCAAUCACGUGGAACUGAUAAACGAUUUGGUAACUGGAGCGAUCCGGUUAUGGUAGGCGAGAGUCAGGACAGCGUUUAUCACCCACGUCGCGUGGCCGAUUUACGCUGUUUUGGUGUGAAGCCGUUGGAGUUUACUAAUCCUGCGGAGGCCAGUGUCAAGGUUACCUGGUUGCCACCGCCAGAUCAGCGCGUGCUGAAGGAGUAUGAGAUUCAAAUCAGUGGUAUCAAAUCAUUCACUAAUGAGCUAAAUGACCCUGUGAGACUAACUUUGGGUCCGAAAAAAUUGACUGUUAGCUUAACGAAGCAGUCCGCCUUUGGUGAACACCUGGGACUCCAAAAUGACUUUCGGCUUAGAGACCAGGAUUCUUUGUUAGUACAUACCAUCGACAAACUGGAACCAAAUGCCGUUUUCGACAUUGAGGUACGACCCGUCUACGAGACUCUUAGCGAUCGGCAAAGAGGUGAAGCGGAAGCUCUGUGGGAACGGACAAGCUGCCGAACUAGAAUGCACCCACCUGUGAACAUCACAGCACCAGUUCCUGUAGCAUUCAAGGCGGACACUAAUGAAGUUUUAGUGCGUCUUCAACGAGUUAGUGAAAAUUUGGGACCAAUUCGUCGAUACUACCUCAUUAUCAGUAGUUUGGAACGUGCCGGAGUCUUAAUUUCGACGGACCACAUAGAUUGGCACAGUGAACUUUUGCGUAUAGCACCGGGUGUAAACAAGGCUGAAACGCGUGUGGCGGCGGAAUUUACUCAAUUGGCAUUCGAUUCAACCCAGCUGGAAAUUCAAGUUGGUGGUCGGGAGGAAUUCACACGGAAUCGGCGCUCGGUGGCUUGGAAAGUGUCUCCAGAAGUUGGCAGAGCUUCAUCAAAGAUACUCGACGAUGACUCAAGUCAAUAUCACUCAGAUAUACUGUUAUAUGAUUGUAGGCUGUCAAGGGGAAAGCGCUACAAGGCAAUACUUCUAGCAUGCAUAUAUCCGGACGUUCAGUAUGCCGUACCUCUUCAUAAACGGCCGAAUCUUAGUUACUACAAUGGAAAUCAAGCCGGAUCCAAAAUUAUCACUGACUCUGUUGACAAAGGCGAUGAAUACGAGGAUAGCAUAAAUCCCAAUUAUUGCUCCUCAAGUCGAUGGUCUGUUACAUUUACUCCUGAGGAAAGCCUCAUAGUCACCAAGGCGAAUGGCAUUUCCGAUUUAGCUGGAAGUGGCGGUGAGAGUUCCACCAAUGGUGUAAUAAAUCGUACCGGUCCGUCUUUUUUCACCAUUAUCCUCGUUACCGUUAUUAUUGGUCUCGCGUUGGUUGCCCUCGUCUGUAUUGCUGUGCAGUGUUUUUUCAGACGAAGAUCAAAGCAACAACGCAAUUCUAUUGGUGCAAAGCUGCCAAAGACGGAUAACAGUUUGAAGGUACCGCUUAUGCCGCCGUCCCAUCAUAAAAGUCUCGUCCCCGGAAUAGAUCCUGCUGAGAUGCACCCUGUUAACUCUUCGCAUUCACCCGGUGUUCGUGCAUCGCCACCGCCGCAAACCUCAGAGGUACUCGAACAUGGACCCCCUACUCAGGCGCUUUCGGCGCCAGGAACGCCACUUCAACAGACGCCACAGUUUAUGCUGGGUCAAACCCUCCCUAACCAAUCACCUAUCUCUCUCAAUCAUCUUGCUGUUCAUGUGGCUAACCUUAAGUCCUUCGACAACAAUGGUCUCUAUAAGGAAUAUGAAGCAAUUGAUUCAGGCAGUGGCUUUACAUGGCAGCAUGCCAACAUGGAGUUGAAUAAGGCCAAAAAUCGGUACGCGAACGUCAUUGCCUAUGACCAUAGUCGCGUAAUUUUAAGCCAACUUCCUGGAGUGCCGUGCUCAGAUUACAUCAACGCCAACUACUUGGAUGGUUAUCAACGACCAAAUGCCUAUAUUGCCACACAAGGACCACUGCCUGAAACGUUUGGUGAUUUCUGGCGUAUGGUAUGGGAGCAGAACUCAAGAGUGAUUGUUAUGAUGACAAAAUUGGAGGAGCGUUCGCGUCUCAAAUGUGACCAAUACUGGCCUUCACGUGGCACCGAGAUCUAUCAAAUUUACCUCGAAAACGAGCCGAGAUCGCCUUCAAUCGACUUUGCUGCCUUUGCAGUUACUCUUCUUGAUGCAACGGACUACGCCUAUUAUACCAUCCGCACGUUUAGCCUUCAGAAGAUGGCUCGAACUUCUGCCAGUGACAAGACUACUUCACAGAACCCUCAUAACAACUACACAGAUGAUACAGUUAAUCUUCAGCCACUGUCAGAAUUGCGCCAAAUUAAACAUUUCCAAUUUACUGCAUGGCCUGAUUGUGGGGCUCCCGAGCAGCCACAACCCCUUCUCCUCUUCAUUCGUCAAGACCCACAGUCGUCCAUUGUUCUGCUGGGGUUGGAAGAACAGGUGUGUCUUCAGUCAAGUUUUCCUUCAACUCAGUCUAUGGUCCUGCACUACUCCUCCAUGUUGGUAUUUGGCGCCUUCAUAGUCAUAGACUCGCAGCUAGAUCGCAUCAGAGCAGAAAACACAGUGGACAUAUUUGGUGCCGUAAGCCGAAUGCGUGCCCGACGCAACUUCAUGGUGCAAACGGAGCAACAGUACGCCUUCCUCUACGAGGUCAUGGUCGAGGCAGUGCAGCUGACAGGCAGCGAGGUGACCGCACACAACCUUUACAAUUAUGUCAUGAAGUUGCGUCAAACUGCACCCACUUCGAUGCUCAGCAUGUACCUUGAGGACCACGCCAACAGAGGGGCUUUGAAAGUCAACUUCCCCACCAGUAUGAGUACCCUAGAACUGGAAUUUCAGCGAGUGUCGAUAAACCUUCAGGUGUCCUCCCAGUGCACCAGCGCACUUUUGCCCGAGAAUCGCAAUAAAAAUCGACUAGAUUCAGUCCUUCCAUAUGAGUACAAUCGGGUUGUUCUCUCCACAGUGCGUGGAGUGGAAGGCGCUGACUACAUUAACGCCAGCUUUGUUGAUGGUUAUUGGCACGAGCGAGCCUACAUUGCAACACAGGCCCCAUUGGCUAGCACGACCAAGGACUUCUGGCGCAUGGUGUGGGAGCACAACUCGCCUAUCAUCGUGAUGUUAAGCCAGACGGUUGAGAAUGGAAAGGAGCAGUGCUUUCAAUAUUGGCCUUCUGAGCGCUCACAACGCUAUGAACAGUUUCUUGUGGAACCUAUGGUAGAGUAUAACAUGCCUAGUUUCGUUCUCCGUGAAUUUUGCGUUACUAACAUACAAGAAGGCCAAUCACGGACGCUGCGUCAGUUCCAAUUCUCUGAUUGGCCAGACAAUGGAGUUGCUAUUUCAAGAGCUUCUGAAACUCUCAUUGAACUAAUCUCGCAGGUUCACAAAACACAAGUGCAAUUUGGCCAAGAUGGUCCCAUCAUCGUACAUUGCAGCGCCGGUGCUGGUCGUACAGGUAUAUUUGUUGCACUAAGCAUUCUCCUGGAAAGAAUGCGAUGUGAGGGUAUGGUAGACCUUUUACUGACGACACGACUUCUGCGAUCACAGCGGAGUCAUAUGAUUGAGGAUGAAAGUCAAUAUGCCUUCUGUUACACCGCACUUCUGGAGUUUCUUGCCGCGUUUUAG